AAAAUGCUGGUGUGAUAUCUAUUCAUAAUAACAUCGUAUGUCAGCAUAGGGUCUUAUAGCUCGGAUACCUUUGAUAGGAAUAUUCAUAGGGUAACGCGAAGUGUGCCAGUAUACAUCUUGGACGGAUGUGAGCUUUCUCCUGAAAGAUUUCUAAACAGAAAUAAUCUGGCUUUGAAACAUCGACACUAAUCAUUGACAUUAGUCUUUCGAUCUAACAUUCAAAAUAUCUAAUGAUUCGUAGCAGCGUUUAUUUCUCUUCCUAGAUAUUUUUAAUCACCAGACUAUUUUGUUUUUCUUCAUAGUUUUCCGAAACAUCAAAAGUCGUUAUUUUCCUAUCCAGCUUAAACUACAGGUUGAAAGCAAGGCCGUUUGAGAAAGCAGUGCUACCGCAACAACAAUUUGGCAGGGCUAAAACAUUCGUGACGAUGUAGCGCAUGGAACAUGCACUUUCGUUCAAUAUUUAAUGUGUAGAACCCAAGACGGGGUAGCAGGAAAAAAAAACUGAAGAAACCAACCCUUUCAGCCAUUGUCUUUGUCAUAGGCUUUCGUAUUUGGGCGUGUUUCGCUCGAAAUAUCUGAAGAAAAAUUAUCAUUAUUGGAUCAUUCUGUAAUCGACGUUCGUAAAGAUGGGCAACACCGUCACAAACGGUAACCUCGAGACCUGGGACGUCGUCAUCAUCGUGCUCAACUUCGUCGGCGUCUUCGCUUUCGGCAUAUGGGCAUCAUGGGGAAGCGGUAAAGAGAGCACCAGUGGGUAUUUCUUAGCAGGUCGACAAAUGCCAUGGUAUCUGGUGGGUUUGUCGCUGUGGAUGACUAACAUUGGUAGUCGAUCUUUUAUCGGCAUAGCAGGUUCCGCUUCCGUAGGAGGAUAUGGAGUCGCGAUUUAUGAAUUUCAGGCGUUGAACUGUUUACUUCUGCUAGGAUUUAUCUUCAUUCCUAUAUAUUUCGCAUCUGAGGUUUCGACCGUACCCGAAUAUCUCAAGCAUCGAUUUGGCGGUGAUCGUCUUCAGAUGGCCAUCGCCAUCAUCAACCUCAUCACAGCGGUCGUCAUCAUGUUAGCGAGUGAGAUGUACGCUUCUUCCCUGGUGAUCCAGCAGUCCCUCGGAUGGGAUCUAUAUACAUCCAUCAUUGUUCUUCUUUUAAUGACAGCCGUAUAUACGGUAGCAGGAGGACUCAAAGCUGUCAUAUACACCGAUGCCAUCCAGGCUGUCAUCAUGAUGGUCGGCGCAUUUGCGCUCAUGGGAAUCGCCUUCUCGGAAGUCGAUUGGUCAAUGGAGACGCUCCGCUUGAAUUACAUGUCAGCCAUACCCAACACCACCCAAGAGUGGGGGAACACAUCGUGUGGUAUCCCGCAAGAGGGAACGUGGCACAUCUUCCAUCCCGCCGAUGACCCCGGUCUCCCUUGGACCGGCUCGGUCUUCGGGGCCUUGGUCCUUGGAUGUUACUUCUGGUGUACUAAUCAGGUGAUUGUACAACGCACACUGGCAGCAAGAAAUGUGACACAUAGCAAGGGAGCAUGCAUUAUGACUGGUUACUUCAAGAUCCUGCCAAUGUUCCUCAUGAUCAUCCCUGGUAUGAUCAGCCGAAGCUUGUGGCCAGAUCUUGUAGCCUGUGUUGAUCCCGAUACCUGCGAGGCUGUUUGCGGGAAUCCCGCUGGGUGCUCCGACAUUGCCUACCCGAGACUUGUCGUUCAGCUAAUGCCAACAGGCCUACGGGGUUUGAUGCUUGCUACAAUGCUUGCCGCCAUGAUAAGUUCGUUGACCUCCAUCUUCAACGCAGCCAGCUCCAUGUUCGUACUUGAUAUCUGGUAUAAGGUCAGACCGAGGUCGACUGAACUCGAGCUCGUAAUUGUUGGAAAACUAUCUACAGUGAUCAUGGUAGUUGUUGGAGUGCUAUGGAUCCCGAUCCUUCAGGCCUAUGGCUCUGGAGAACUCUUCACCUACAUGCAGGCCAUCAACUCAUACCUCACACCGGCCGUCUUCUCAGUCUUUACUGCUGCCAUCUUGUUCAAACGGGUUAAUGAGACGGGAGCUUUCUGGGGUUUGGUGUGUGGUUUUCUGAUUGGUCUGACCAGGGCCAUCCUUGAUUUCGUCUUCGGUGUCCCCUCAUGCGGUCAGGAGGACGAUCGACCAGCAAUGCUCAAGAACUUCCACUUCCUGCACUUCGCAGCCUUCGUCUACGGUCUCACUCUCAUCCUCAUUGUUCUUUUCAGUUAUCUCAGAGAUCCUGUUCCCUCUUAUAAGUUGGUACGUUUGACGUGGUGGACGCGACACUCCGAUUUACCAAGGGAACCAAUAUCUUCAGAAGAGGAAGAAAAAAGACUCCAUAACGAAGCCAUUCGGAAAGAGAAACAGAAGCAAGCAGCUCUAGAUGCUCAGACGAGGACGGGGCUGAAAUGGAAGCUGUGGUACUUGAUAUGUUGCAUCACCACUUCUCCAGCCAACAUCGACGACGACGAUGAACCGGGCGUUGACCACGACAGUGUGGACAAGGGCAAGGAGGCCGAUGGUGUCCGCCACAAGACCUCUGCCUACGAGAACCCGAAAUGGGCUUUCUUUGCCCUGGUGAAUGGCGUACUGCUAGCUGGUGCGUGCACCUUUAUUUUGGCGUAUUACGGUUGAUCAGAAUCCAAUAUACCUUUUUUUUAGAGAAUGAAACCCUGGGGGAAAAAAAGAAAACUCAGAGAAAAACAAUUCAAUAAAAAUUUGAAAAAUAUUGAUGUUUACCCAAACAACUUGCGUCGAUCUUCUUUGAUUUUCUUCCGUUUUCAUGCAAGCUUACUUGAUUUAAGGGUUUCAUCCUACCUAUAUAGUACACAGACUUGAUUGCUUAGACUUUCUAAUAACGUGUAUGUUAUGCUUUGCAUAUUCACCUGUAAAAUAGUCUGUUAAUAUUUUCCGUGAAUGGUAGAGGCUUUCAAAACUGGGGGGGGGGGGGGUAUUAGUCACAUACUCUUACUGAUCAAAUAUAUUUUAAGAAUGUAUUAUGCACAUGAACCCCAACGGAAGUAGACUCUUCGUUGUCCAAUACUAAUUAUAAUCGGUAGCUAGUUGUAGAAUAAGAGUGACUGCAUUUUGCGAGCGAAAACAAAAUUUCGAGAAGAAUCAGUUACUUCGUUUUGAUAAUUAAUUGUAUUUGUGUACGUAAAUUUAGAAUGACGAAAACACCUUUUAUAUAGAAACAUGGCCGUACGCAAAAAAAAAUUCCGGGGGGCAAUACGUGUAAAAAAAUUGAAGAAACUCGAAAGCGAGAGAGCAAAUCAAUCGUGUUCGUCAAAGGGGCGCUUUUGCAUUUUCUAAAGUUAAAUUGAAGGAUUUUUUGCAUUUUUUAGGGUGAAUUUUGUGAAAAUUUUAAGAAAAAGUAGGUUUUCCAAAUUUCUGGGUCCCAAUAGCCCCCUGCGCACGCCCCCCCCCCCCUCCCCUGCUGCGUACAGCCGUGCAUAGAAAUCACUUUAUCCUGUUUUUCAGUCACAAUGUUUGAAAAUGUAUAUAUGAAUGCUCAGUGUGAAAUGUUUAUAUUUUUGGAAAAGAGUUAUACAAAUAUUUGUCUACAGUUUGAUCGAGAAUUGUUUCUAUUUAAUUUCUGUUCUUAAAAAUCCCAUCCUUUUAAUCUCUCGUUUCACUUUCUACAAAGUAAAGAUGAACGAUAAACAACCAGAGAUAAUUUGAUCUCGAAAUCCACAUUUUUCUGAAAAAUAGCCAAUGUUAAAAAUGACACCAGAAAUGGGGGUUGCAUUUUAAUUAUUUCAUGAAGUAGGCAUCACUGGUACUCUUUCAUUAAUGAACAGAUAUUGUAUGUUUUGAAGAAAAUAUGUAAAAAUUAAUGAUAUUAAAGAAUAUUUGUAAAUAAAUUAUGUAAAAGAAUUUGAUACGUUAUUAUUUUAUUCAAAAUGAUAGAUAGGGCGUUUUUUGCACAGCGAAAUACGGAGGAUACAAUAACAAAGAAAAUGUAUACCUGUGUAUUGUCAAAUGCCCAUCAUGACAAAGACUAACCAAGAAGUCUUUGUCGAAAACUGGUGAACCAUAACAGCAGUUUAGUCCUAGACACUGGACAACAUUUGCCAUUUUAGUCUGCUUCGAAAAUGCUGUGACAAUUCACUAAUUUUCGACAAACGCCUUCCAGCUGUUCUUUGUCAUUUGACGGGCAUUUUCAAUGCAUUUACUGUUUUCUUGUCUUGAUUCCUCCAUACAUCGCGGAGCGAAAAAGAGACGAUAGCUUGCUUUCUGG